UCUGUCGCUUUCGCUCUCUACUUUCUCCCUCCCUCCCUCCCCUCUGUCACACGAGAGUGCACUACGCACUUCUUCCAUCAGUCACAGUCAAUCACUUAAUACAAGCAUGAUUGCUACAUGUUAGGCGGCCGAAAAGUCAAGCAGCUACACUGAGAAAGUGGCGAUGGCGGCGGUUGUGGAGAAAGCAGGGGCUCGCGCUACCUUCCCUAACUCUGGGGGUAGUAUUGGUGGGAGUAGCAGCGCUGGGGUAGGAGCUGUCAUGGUUACAGCUGCUGCUGGCGGUGGACCUAGUCUUCCCAUUGGAACCGGACUAGGAAUUGGCGCGUCUGGAUCUGUACCGGUGCCUAUGAAUCUGUUUGCUACCUGGGAGAUCGACCGCUCGUCACCCUGUUGCGUGCCAAGACUGUGUACCCUAACUUUGAAGAAACUAACUGUGCUAAAAGAGCUAGACAAAGAUCUGAACUCCAUAGUCAUUGCGGUAAAAAUCCAGGGUUCAAAGAGAGUUUUGAGAUCAAAUGAAUAUAUACUUCCUCCAAGUGGCCUGAUGGAAACCGAUCUAGAAUUGACCUUCUCUUUACAGUAUCCCCAUUUUCUGAAAAGAGAUGCUAACAAGCUCCACAUAAUGUUACAAAGGAGAAAAAGGUACAAAAACAGAACCAUACUUGGCUACAAGACUCUAGCAGUGGGAGUCAUCAAUAUGGCUGAAGUAAUGCAGCACCCUACUGAAGGAAGGCAGAUCCUAGGUCUCCAGAGCAAUGUGAAAGAGGUGGCUGUCCGAGUAGCUGACAUCAUUGUUCACUCACUGUCUAGCCAGCCAAUAGAAAGUGAAGAUGUGACUGUGCCAAGUGGCCCAAAAACAAAGAACUCAGAUAGGUCACCAGAUAUUGACAACUUCUCUGAAGAAGAUGAUGACAGUUUCUCAUCAGAGCAGGAAGCAAGUGAUGAUGCUGCACAGGGACAGGAUCUUUAUGAUGAUGAGGAUGAAGUCAGAAAGCCCAAGAAACCUAGAAGAAAAAUGAUAAGAACAGCAUCUAUAACAAGGCAACCCAACUUCAAGCAGAAAUUUGUAGCCCUUUUGAAGAGGUUUAAAGUUUCUGAUGAGGUGUUAGAUUCAGAUCCUGUUGAUCAGGUGCAAGAAGUGGAAGAGGAUCUGGAUCUCCUUUACAACAGUCUUGAAGUUUAUAACCCAAGUGACAGUGGCCCUGAGAUGGAGGACAAUGACAGUGUGCUCAGCACUCCAAAACCUAAACUGAAGCCAUUCUUUGAAGGUGUGCCUCAUUCUAGUUCACAGAAUGAGAUUGGUAACAUUCAGUGUCAGAAGAAUCAGAACAAAGACCGCAUCAGUACUAGUGAGUAUUCACCAUCAGAGAGGAAAAAAUCUGUUGCCAGAUACCCGGAUGAGGUUGCAGAAGAAUUUGCAGCUACAGAAGUUGAAGAUGAAAUAUUUGAUACGGAGGUUGUCAUCUUGGAAAGCAAUACUGAUAAGCUGCCACCUUUGGGAAAGAUUUGCAGGACAGAUUCCCAGAUUACUGUGUCACCAAGUAAGUCUGACAGCAAGCAGCUCAAGCAGCCAAGAAGCACACCUAUAAAAGAUCGUCAAAACUCAAAAACUCAGAGUGACCGAACAAACAGUUUGGACAGUGAGAGUUCACCUGAUUCACGGUAUAUUAGCAGUCAGGUUCCACAUAAAUCUGUCUAUGACCAGUUGAAUCAGAUCCUGAUUUCAGAUGAUCAGCUCCCGGAGAGUAUCAUCUUGAUUAAUAUUACAGAUUGGCAGGGACAGUACCUUGCUGAGCUACUUCAGGAACAGAACAUGCCCAUUGUCUCUACCUGCUCUGCAGCUGAUAUUCAGGCAGCCUUCAACACCAUUGUUACUAGGAUACAGAGAUUCUGUAAUUGCAAUUCCCAGAUGCCUCCUCCAAUUAAACUAGCUGUCACAGGGGAUCAGAGCUACCUAAGCACUAUAUUGCGAUUCUUUGUGGAACAGUUGGGAAACAAGACUCCUGAAUGGCUCAGCUUCAUUCGUUUCCUUGUUAUUCCUCUGGGUUCCCAUCCUGUGGCCAAGUAUUUGGCAACAUUAGAUAACAAGUAUAAUACCAUUUUCUUGGAUCCUUUUUGGAAGGAUACCUUCAGUCGAUCAGAGCCACCAACUUCAGAAACCUUUGACAUUAUUGGUCGGAUUGUACAAUAUCUCAGUGGUGCUACUGUGACACAUCAGCUGCCAAUCUCAGAGGCCAUGUUAACAUACAAGCAAAAAAGGAAAAGAAGUUUGUAUUUUGAUUUUUAUAUCAGCCCUGACGAUGAUUCUUGCCAGAAAUUUAUUCCAUUUAUUGGGAUGGUGAAGGUGGGAAUUGUGGAGCAAUCUGUCGCUACUUCAGUUGAUUCUGAUGAUGCCACUUCAUGUAAUGUUAGUCUGCUAUCAUCUACACCAACAUCUUCUAGUAGCACUUAUGCGAAAGAGACAAUUUCAACUCCACCUCCUUCUCCUUCUGUCUCUAGUGGGCUCAUGGGAGUUGGCUCUUUAAGUCCUGGAGUGGAAGUAAUGGGACUGCAGGUAGAUUAUUGGACAACACAAGGACAGGAAAAAAAGAAAGAUGGCGAAAAGAAAGAUGGAGGAAUUAAAAACACACUGAAAAGUAACUUCCGCUCCCUUCAAGUAAGCCGAAUACCAAAUGAUGGAGAGCUGAUCCCAUCACCAUCCAUGUCUAUGACUGUGGUAACAAAGGAGAAAAAUAAAAAAGUGAUGUUUUUGAGCAAGAAACCAAAGGAGAAGGAAUUUGAUUCCAAGAGUCAAGUGAUUGAUGGCAUCAGCAGGUUAAUCUGUACAGCUAAACACCAGCAAACAAUGUUAAAAGUUUCCAUAGAUGGCAUAGAGUGGAAUGAUGUGAAGUUUUUUCAGCUUGCUGCACAGUGGCCAACUCAUGUGAAGCAUUUUCCUGUGGGGAUAUUUGGGUACACAAAAACAUCAUGAUUCACCUCUCCAGCAUCUGAGAUGUACUCGGCUAUACAACAGGGGACAAUUUCUCAAAGAAAUGAGACUAAGACAUUUAUCUUUUGUCUUGGGUCAAACACUAGCUACUUUCCAGAUUUUACUUAAAAAAAAAAUCACAAAACUGGAAGAAGCAGGUGAACACAAAAGUUUAAUGUGUUUAUACUAGCUUAUUUUGCACAUGCCGGAAAUGGUUUAACUAUUUGUAUAAUGAUGAAGUCAAGAAGAUGGAUUUUAUCGUUUGAUGAAGAAUGCUGCUGAUACAAUUUUUAGUGGAUUUUAAAUGUGUUCUUAUUUUUAAUGUUAUGGGUUUUUAUCACUGGAAAUACUUUAUUUUAGUAAAAUUUCUAAUAUGAGGACACCAGUUUAAUUGAAACUUGCUAUUUUACAUGGAAAUACAGACUUUUUUUAAAUCUAAGGAAACACACUGUGUUAAUGACUGGAAGACAAAAUAUUUGAAAUUCAGGAUGUUUGCAUGCAAAUGCAUGACAGUGUAAUCUCUUAAAUAGUCACUGAAGAGGAAAGGACUUUUUAAAUGAGUCUGUCAAGGGCUAUUGAACGGAGAGAAACAUACCUAGCAGUCGGUUUCAGGUAUAAAUAGCUGACUAAGAGGCUGCUGUUUUAAAUCAGUGGAUCUUAGUGCAUCAAAUCAUUAUUGCAUUUGAGGAGUCUGUAUAACUGCUCUGCAUUAUGUGGUGCUAAUUAUUCUUUU